UCACCCAAUCUCUGCCAAAAUGGCGGCGUCUGCGAGGAGACCACUCUGGGACCCAAGUGUCACUGCCAUCAGGGCUGGCACGGCCUCUACUGCCAGUACGACAUCGACGAGUGCCAACUGUCGGCGCCGGUGUGCAUGACGCCGGCCACCUGUAUCAACUUGCCCGGCACUUUCCGGUGCAUAUGUCCCGUGAACAGCACCGGUAUCUCGUGCACCGGCGAGGGACUGUACGCCACGAACAUUAUAUCGUCUCAGUUGCACAUAACGCUCGACGAGAUAAUCGGCAUUUUCGUGGUGCUGUCGGUGCUGGCGGUAACCGGCUUUGUAUUCGCCGUAUGCAUGAAAUGCAAACACAAGUCGCAAACGCACCGCCCCUUCAAUAACAGGGAUCAAAGUCAACGGCUGCUGAAGAAUGAGAUCAACGUUCAGCUGAAGAGGCACUCGAAGAUGAGUAACUUCGAGAUGAGUCACACGAGUAGGCCAUUGCUCGGCCAGAGGCCCACCUCGUGCGCCGACCCGCUCCAGACGCUCAACAACUUCAACGUCGAGGACAGGAGUGGCGAUGAGUUGGAGACCAAUAUAUGCGCUGAGAAUAUGCGGCAAAACUUCCAGAAGAAGAGCGCCCCCAUCGCCAGCGUUUCGCCGCAAAUGAUUGACUCAAAUGCAAAGUCCGCGUCAAAAAAGGACUCUAAAAAGCAGAUUAAAAUACUUAACGAUGCCAAACCCUCGGCGUGUAAGGCGUCGACACCUCUGACGAGAGUCUCGUUCGGCGACUCGGAUUCAAACGUGUUCACUGAAGAGCAGACCUCCUUAACUAACUCUCAGAUCGCCGACGGUUACCAUUGGGACAGUUAUGAUUUGGCCCAAUCGGACAAUAAACCCAUUUGUUCUUCGAAUCUGUUCGAGGUAUCAGUGAAUGAGAUCCACGACUUGGAGUCCAACUCAGACAACAGUCAAAUCGAGUUGUCGUGCAAUGACUCGCAGGAGCGGGCGUUCAUCGAGCGGGCCGUCAGUCACGAGAGUUCACCGCUUUUGUCGCGCACAGUUAACAGGGUUAGUGUGAAUCAUUCAAUUACUAUACAGUAUGUCUAUAAAAUUCAUGCAAUUANACAACUGGUGGCCAUCGACUCGGACUCGCCGGCCAACGCGAACCUCAGCUACUCGUUCACCGGCGGCGCCCAGACGUACAAAGAGUUUCACAUCGACCCGAUCACUGGCAUCGUAACUGUCGGCAAGACGUUGGACCGCGAGAUGAUCUCAUCCUAUAUUCUCGAAGCCGUUUGCGAUGAUAACGGAUACCCCAAACCCCUCUCAAACUCGGUGUUCGUGAACAUUGAGAUAUCCGACGCCAACGACAAUCCACCCGUUUUUGACAAAACUAAUUACACGGUUUACGUACAGGAGGGCCGACCCGCCGGCCACUCGAUUGUCAACUUCAAUAUACAGGACGCGGACAGCGCCGCCAAUUCCGGGCCAUUCACUCUGCGGCUGGUGUCCGGCGACUCAAACGACAGCUUUGUUUUGGUGAACGGAGACACGUCGUUGCGGACCAACACUGUGUUCAACCAUUCAUUGCGAGCCAACUAUUCGCUGACAAUCCAAGCGACAGACUCGGGAACACCGGCCCUGAGCUCGACGACCGCUGUGCUCGUGUUGGUGACACAGGAGCCCAGGAUUGCGCCCCAAUUGACGCACCUGUCGAUUGCGGUGAACUCUUUGGAACAAUUUCCCGGCGGAAUCAUCGGUCAGGUGUCGGCCACAGAUGACGACCCCUUCGAUAAACUCAGUUACGCCAUCACUCAGGAGGACGACAAACACCUGUUCUCCAUCGACUCGACGGACGGCACGUUAGUAGCCUUUCCCGGACUGGACGCCGGCAAGUAUAAGAUCAAUGUGACGGUCAGCGACGGCAAGUACGUGACGUACGGUUUGGUGGAUCUGGAGGUGACGGUCAUCACCGACGACAUGAUCGCCAACAGUGCGGUCGUGGAGUUGCGGUCGAUAUCCGCGAAGGAGUUCAUCACGAAUUACAAGAAGACAUUCAUCCGGGUCUUUAAGAACGUGUUCAACGUCCGCAUGAAAGACAUUGUGAUAAUCAGUAUUCAACCGACGGAUCACAAGAACCCGCAGAACAGACUCCGCCGGAGUGACGACAAUCUGGGAGACAUUAGCGUACUGUUUGUCGUCGCGCGAAGUCGCGGCGGGUAUUACUCGAGACAAUGGAUCAAAACCAAAGUGGCGGAGAGUAAGAGCGGUAUUGAGAAGCAGUUGGGAAUACUUCUGGAGGACUUCGUCGUGAAGUCCGAGUGUCAGCACAUCCACUGUAAACACGGCGAGUGUCGCGACGAACUCAUACUCAGCGAAAACGAUGUCAUCUCUAUUGUCGGCUCGAAACUCAGUUUCGUGUCACCAUUUCACGAGCACCGGUACGGCUGCGCCUGUCAUCCGGGCUUCGGCGGGAAGCUGUGCGAAGUGAUCGUCAACGAGUGCGCCCGAAACCCGUGCCCCUCGUUCAAGGAGUGCCUGCCGGUGUCGUCGCCCUUGGGUUACCUGUGCCAGUGUCCGUUCGGCAAGUCGGGGCCCGUAUGCAACCAAAACGCCGAGACCUGUCACACCAGCGAUCGCGACGUCUCCUUUUGCUACGAAGAGCUCAAUCCGAUCUCAUUUCACGGCAACUCUUACGCCAGAUAUUCCUUCCACAAGAGGGUCGAGAAAAUAUCGCUCCGUUUUAAGAGCCAACAGCUGAGGGCCAACGUCUUCACGCAAAGCGGCGACAAGUCCUACAAUAUACUGGAGAUCGCCGGCGGAUAUAUUCAGUACCGCUUCGACUGCGGCGACGGCGAGGGACUCAUCCGUAUCGAGAAUCUGGUGGUAAGUGACGGCAAAUGGCAUGAGAUUCUGGUGGAGCGCAAGAGCGACACGGCGUCGCUCACACUGGACCGCAAAUACCGGGGCGGAGGGUUCGCGCCCGGGAGCGCCCGCUGUCUCGACCUCAACGUC